GGUGAACCAAAUCCCACUGAUUUCUUCGUGCAAGAAGAGGUAAAGGAGGGUCAAACUGUAUCUGCAUUCUGCUCUGUGUCUCACUCCUGCCCCACAUAUCCACCUGAUUUCCACUGGAGUCACUCUGGAGAGCAACAUUUUCAGACACAGAAUCUUCAAAAUGGCCAGUGGAAAGCAACAUCUACUCUGACCUUUCGCUCAGACCGCACUGAUAACAACAAACCUUUACGAUGCAGAGUUACAUACAACGGAGGAAAGCAGCGGGAACCAUCCAAGACAAUUAAAGUAAAAUAUGCUCCAGUGAAUGUGAAGGUCGAGUACCAGUCAGAUGUGAAUGAGGGAGAGACUGCACACCUGAAGUGCUCCAGUGAUGCAAACCCUGUCAGCAGCUAUGAGUGGCACAGUGAAACUGGUGCUCUGCUGAAUAAGGGGCAAACCUACACAAUGUCAAAUGUCUCCAGACACUCAGAGGCCGUGUACUGCACUGCUGUCAAUGAGGAAGGACGAGUCAAAUCAAGCACCCUGAAGCUCAAUGUGUUAUAUGCCCCUGACAUUGAGACUUAUUCUAAGUGCUCCUCAUAUAACGGCAUAGUAAAGUGUGAUUGCAUCGUACAAUCCAGGCCUCCCAGCACGGUCCAUUUUGUUCUUGGUGACAGAGUCCUGCCAAGCAGCAAGGUAGAGAAAAAUGGAUCUGUUACUACUGGGACUCUGCAGACAGACUUUGGGUCCUUCAAGUUUGUGCACUGCCUGGCAAACAACACGUUGGGAAAUGCUAAUCUCACACUCUUUUUACCUGUUAAUGACAACAUGCAGAAUAUUUUCAUAGCCUCUGGAGCAGGUGUGAUUGUUCUGAUAAUUCUGAUAGCCAUUGGAGUGGGAGUUGUUAAAAAAUGCAGGGGGCAAUCAGAUGGCACGCCAAAAUCUGACUUAAGCACCACGACGUCAGACAGACCUGCGGAGCCCCCUCGUUAUGCCCAAACAAAAAGGAAGGAGAACUAUGAGGAUGUCCAUUGCAAUGACAUUUAUGCCAAUGACAGUGUGUAUGGGAACACAGAGACUGACUGGGAUGAAUCAGUAUACGCCAACGUGUAAUAUAUGUGGAAGACCAGCUGCGGUCAGGUCGGAGUCAAGGAAAAAAAAGAUCCUAGUUCUAUAUUCAUCUUAUACCACAUACAUAUUAGGCCUAUAUCAGUUUUCCUGUCAUCUGUCAUUCACAUUUCCUUGUAAAAUAUUGUAAUUAAGAGAAUUUCUGUUUUGUACUUUUGUUUGUCUGAUCAAAUAAUGUGCUUUAAAAAAUUACUAUUAAAGUUUUGCAGUAAUUACAAAGUUGUCAAGUUACUAAAUAUGUUUAUUAGCUGUUUUAUCGCUAUUGUUUUUGUGAUUAGUUAUUGAACAACAGCACGAGGUUUGCUAAUCCUCUUCAUAAAAAAUGACAUUUAACACAUAGUAGCUGUUAAUGUUUUAACUGGAGAAAAUACUCAGGAAAGCGUGUCAAUUUUAAAUCUUAUAUUAGCUACAUUGUGAGUUAAUUAAAUAUGCAUUACAAAUAAAUAGUAUCAAUGCUUACAAACAGCCUAACAGAUAUGGGUGACCACAUCUCCCACUUUAUGUGGGACUAGACUGGAUGUUUAUCUCUCAUCUCAUUAUCCCACUUCUCAUGGCAGUGCGUUGUGAUCUGGUCAGCCUGGUCUGGUCUGUUUAUUCAUUAAUCAGCAACAACCAUCGAGAUAGAAACCAAGAAAUGUGUGCUGUCCUCAGGUCUAAGGAGCUAAAAAAAAAUCAACAAGAAAAAAAAUCAAUAAUAAGAAAGAGUACGCUGAUUGUUGGCAUGGUUGAAAUGACUCCACUUUUUACCCUCAAUGCAAACAUGUUUGUUGAGGUUUAGCCAGAAGCCAAUUGUUUUAAAAGUCUGUGUCACUCCUUUCAAGAUAUGUAUAUAAAGUAGAUGUUAAAUUAAAAAUCUUCAUUUUAAUUAUAAGGCAUAUAAAUCAGACUAACUUAUUUUUUCUUCCACAAUCCUAACCACCUGCUCAGGAUGUUCAAUUCGAGGGUCUGUAUAUGUACAGACGAUAUUUUUAUUUAUCACAGUUGAUUGGAACCAAUUGGUUGUGACAAAGAAAGCUUAUUUUAAACAUAAGUUACCACAGACAGUAAGAACAAAGAUUCUUAAAUAAACUGGCCUCCUUCAGUACUCACUGAAACAUUAG